AGGUCAAAGUUCAAUCGCAUGAAUCAUACAAUGUUCUUUACUGCAAUUAUGGAACGGGACGACGAGAUUAUAUGUGUGGCAUCUCUAAGGGUUCAUGAAAACAAAGUAGCAGAGAUGCCACUAAUUACAACCCGUGGUAUGUAUAGGCGACAAGGAAUGUGUACCCGAUUCAUGACAGUCAUCGAAUCUGUUCUAAGCAGUUUAGGUGUUGACUUAUUGGUCAUACCAUCAGUCAAAGAACGCGAGAAGACUUGGGUUUCAGUGUUUGGGUUUGAACCCUUUGAUCUGGAAACCAAAACUAGAACUGAAAAAAUGAAAAUUUUUGUUUGCUCUGACUCGGUUAUGCUGAAGAAAAACAUUAAGAGUGUUGUCAGAGAAGUUCCUAAUACUGAGAGGAACCAGUUCUAAUGCGAAUCCUGUGUGUCCCAAAUGAUAGUGACAUUGGAGAUGCUGAUGAUGAACAUGAUGAGCAAACACAUCUCCAAAAGAAGAUGAUAUCAUGACAUAUCAACCCAG